AUGGCAGACCUUCGGCACAAUUUCUACGCAAUGAUCAAAAACUCCAACAAUUAUUUGUUAGUCAAAGAUGAUGUCGGAAAAUCCAAACCUACUACAAGAACCCUCCCACCUAAUGAAUUCACAUACGGCAAAAAAGUAGGCGAAGAUGACGAAGGUGCAGGAAAAUUAGUUUCCUCAUGAAAAGUCCAUAACCCAAGCCAAGAUUUGCCAAAUGACAGAGAUUUCAAGAAACUCAACGCAAUGAGCGUUACUGGAGGCUUCACCAAGGCUUCAGACCAAAGAACUUUUAGAAAAACAAUGGAUGCUCGCAUACAGCUGACAUCUGGUAGACGUCCCAAAGAUAAAGAAAUCCCUGAUAUUGUAUUUGGCCAGCCAAACAGGCCAAGCACUCCUAUUAACGCUGUGCUAGAAAACUAUUUUGGAGACGUUGCUGUCGAUAUAAAGCACCAAGAAUACAGCACUAACCCGAAUAUCAAGAAAAAAUCAUGGCAGCCUCGAAGCACAAAAGGGUUCGAUAAAAUGGUGGCUGCUAUUAGGAAUUCCCAAGAAAUAACUCACUCCCCCCCCCCUCCGUGAGCGAACAAAACCAUUAGAAAAAUCGCCAUUUUUUGACCAAAAACCCACCCUCCGUGAGUGAACAAAAAUUUUUUUAAUAGAAAAAAUUUUAAUGGAAAAAAAUUUUGAUAUAUAAGUGAUAAUUAGUAUAAUGAAAUCUAGAGCUAAUUCUGUUUAAUUUUAAAACAAUUGCGUUUUAAAACAUAAAUUUUGCAAAUUAAAUUAAUAUUUGCUUCCCAAUUUUUGCAAAUUAGGAUUUUUUUAAAUUCGAAAAAAAUAUUUUUUAUAAAAUUUAUAUAUAAAUUUUUUUUAAAAAAAAAAUAACCCCCCUCCGUGAGUGAACAAAAUUUUUUUGUUCGCUCACGGAGGGGGGGGGAGUCAGAAAUCUGAGUUUAAAAUGAAAAAGUUUCAAAAUGUGAAAUCAAGAACUGAUCAUAUAAGGACUAAAAGGGCAAUUUCUCAAGGGGUUUAA